UGAAUUGUAUGUUUAAAAAGUUUGUGCAAAAUAUUUUUGUGUAAGGCUGUAAGGUUAAGUUGGUUAUUUUUUUACAGGUUGUGAAUAGCUUGACUAAAGUCAUUUGCCAUAUAUUAACAUAGUUUAGUUUAUCAUUAGAGAUGGAGAAUUACUAUAAAGGGAAAAACGUGGAAGAGGAAUUUCAGCGCAAUAAUAUACCUAUAAAAGAUUUGCCCAACGACUUUUUGUGGAUGCAAGUCAAAGGAGGCAGUAAAAUGUCCAAUCUAUUGUCUCACGCUUCUGGUAUUUUAGAAGAUAAAGCUACUACUACUGUUGUGUGGACUGCAGCAGGAGUAGGUAUUCCUAAAGCUAUUUCAUGUGCUGAAAUAUUGAAAAGACAAUUUUCCAUUGAACAUCAAGUUACAAAACUUGCACAUAAAAGUGUUGAAGAGUAUUGGGAACCAAAAUUAGAUGGUCUUGAAACAAUCGUAGUGAACAGAAAAGUACCAGUUAUUCAUAUUAUGCUCUCAGUCAGUCCUUUAACUGAUACAACACAAUCAGGGUACCAAAGUUUAAAUGGCAAAAAGUUCUGGCAAGAAUCCAGCAGCAACCCCAAGCAAAACCAAACAUAUAAAUCCAAAAAGCCAUUUAAAUAUAAGAAGAACCAAACAAACUCUUAGAAAUAAUGUGUACUUGUGUAUUGUUAAGUGUAAAUAAAUGUAUUGAAAUGCAAUUUGUUAUUAAAAAAAUUUGUAUCCAUGGGGCCAUGUGACAAUGACGUAAAUAUCCUGUGGAAAUCUGCCCAUUCAGGCAAUGGGAUGUGUUACCACAAUACAAUAUGGUAAAGUUCCCCUGCAAAGUUUUUGGUGGUUGAGACUUGCUUCAUAUGAACACCUGACAUUCCUAAUACAAGAUCACGGUCCCAGGUACACCCUGGUCACUUUUUUAUGGAAGUGAGGAAGAUUAAUGCCAGGAGAAACAAUACCAAAUUAAUUCAGAAAAGUCUCAGUUGGGUUGAAUGUUAACUAGGUAGGUGUAAGUAGUAAUAGAUUGAUUGAUACUGCCAAAAAUUAUUAAUUAUAUUUCGAGAAGUUAUUACUUAUUAUACAUACAAACUUAGGUUACAAAUAUUUCUAAACCUAAAAUUUAAUGAUUUAUGAAGAAACUUAUUAUGUUACCUAUGAAAAAAUUGGAAAUCAUCUAGACAAGAUCUUAGUCUGGUAAAUAUACAAUAAAUCAUAAGUGUAUUCAAAGUACACAAUAAGCAGGCGACACCUUUGGAUUAAAGAUAAGAAAAUGUUCCCAAAUUUCAAAUGAAAAGUUGUUUUUAGAUCAUCUUUCUUCCAAAGAAUUACUCAUUCACAACAACUUAUUUAAUGAAUACCAUGUCUCAAUUUAUUAUAGUAGUAUAACUACUGUAAAGAGAUGUGCUGUUGUCGCAAAUUGCCUGGACAAAAUUGUGCCAAAUUGUUUCUGAUAUAAUUUGUAGAUUUUUAUGACACCUGGAGCAGACUGAGAUGUGUCGGUAUUUUAGGUGCAUCUUAUUUCAAUGAAUAAUAUUAACAAUAAAUAAGUUACUACAAUUUUGAUUAUUGUAAUAUACAUACUGUAAGAGUUUAAAUAGCACACCUACUCACUACAAAACUACUUAAAAUAAAUGUCGCAUCUGUACAUAUGUCAGAUCAUGAUCAAAAGUCUGAACUUAAACAUUUCCAAUAUUUAUUAUUAAUAUUUUAUACAAGUGUAAUUUUAAUAAAUGCCACAAUAUAAACAUA